AUGUUCAUCCGUAUACAAAAAUCAUGUUCAUCCCAAAAUAACAUGUUCAUUCCAAACAUAAUGUUCAUCCUAAACAUAAUGUUCAUCCUAAACAUAAUGGCCACUGUCCCCGUCCCUAGAUACCCACUGUGCGGGGCAGCAGUUUUUUUGGCUCUUAGUAAAUUUCCUUCCCGAAACAAAACAUUGUACUUACACAAGCUUUUUUAUUCUCACGACAAAGAUUUUAGUUACGCCAUAUACCUCCAAAAGUUAAUUCUGAAUCCGGAUUCGGCCAGAAUUCUGGGGUUCAGCAAGAUUCUGGGAAGAGUUUAUGUCUUGGAAUCAGAAAAGGCAUGGAGUACGCAGAAUGUAAUAAGAAAAUGGGUGGACCUUAGGCUGCCACUUGUUUUAAGAGGAAGUCAACGAGGUCUCCUCAGUUGGGACUCUGCAAGCACUCAUCGUGCAAAGGAUAUGAAAAACUUCUUGGCAAAAAGAAGGGUUGAUCAGGAUGUCAAGGAACAAAAUAACAACUUCGUGAAGCCUAAUCUGCAGGAGGUAGUCUCUUGGGUAAGGAAUGCAUGGGGCAAAGUCACUGAUAGCUGUGUUGCAAAGGCUCUGAAAGCAGAGUACUUGGACAAAACAUCGCCAUUUGAAGCGAGCUACAUCGCAAAACACGAUAGAUUGGGACCUAUGAUACUGAAGGAGCUGGAGUCAAAUGAAAUCUUGGCUGGAAUUCAAGGUCUUGAUCUGGAAGAAAAUGAUGAUAUCCCAGAAGAUGAUGAUCUUAUUGUAUUUGAAUAA